GAGUCAGUGCGUCUCCGACCGGCGUGGCGAGCGUUUCGUGUCGCUCUUAGUUUUGUUGUUUGUUAUCUAUUGAUAUGACAAGGCUCUCAUUGAAGCUCCUUCUCAUACCCGCGGUAAAUUUAAACCUCCGAUUCAUUCAUAAUUAAAUCGAGUUGCUGAUAAAUGUAACGUAACUAAUGCGGACGGAAAUUCUUAACAACUUGUGGACUCUCAGAGAAAAAAAUAAAAUAAAAUAAAAAAGUGAAGAAAUAGAGACGAGGAAAGACUGCGUGUGGCCGCUCUUGACUCGAGUGUCUUUGCACAGUUUUUUAUUUUUUUUUUCUCAGUUUAUUUUAAUUAUUAAUUUUUAAUCCUAAUUCAGUUUAUAAAUUUUUGUUUUUUAAAUUCUCCCGCUUAAUGAGCGAUAAAUAAUUUAAAAAAAAACGCUCAACAAAUGCUGGCCACAAUCCGGGUGGUGAGUUCGUAGAAAAAUUUAAAAGAUGGGCUACGAGAGAAUAAUAAAUUAGUGAGUGUAUACAUGGUUUUUAUUUUAAUAUUUUUUAUAUCGUAAAAAAAGGAUACGUAGUUUUUUUAUCUAGUGUUUUUAAAUAAUUAUGGUUAAAUUAUUUACAAAGCCGGCUGGCAAUAAACCAUUACGGUUUAAGUUUUAUACGUGCUCUGUGUGUGUACGUCAAAAUGUUUACUAUAAUAAUAAUAAUAACAACAAUAAUUGACAAAAGUUAUAGAUUUUGUCAAAAGCCCACAAGUCCGUAUGUGCGGAGUAAACUUGUUGAGUGCGCGAUGACGUGACGUGUGUGUUGAUAAUAAUUUUAAAUAAAUAUAUAUAUAUAUAUAUAAUAAAUAAAGUAAUAAUAAUUUAUAAAAUAGCAGAGGGAGUAAAGAAGAAAAAAAAAUAAAGUGAAUUAUACAAGUGAGUUACACAUAUGAGAUCGCGUGUGCCCUGGCCGUUUUCGCACGGGAACUCGUACCAAGAAAGCCGUCGGAGCAUCCACUGAAACCAGACGGAUUAAAACCUCCCCCAUCGUCGGAAAGGGAAAAUACUAGUAUGAACAUGAGUAUGACAGUGGCAAGCACGUCAACGCCAAGCCCACCAGUUAGUCCCAGCGCCAAUGACAUGGACUGGUUUGCCGGAGUCGCUGAAGAAGAGUUACUCUAUUACACAAAUAAUGACGUCGAUUCACUGUGGGCUGUGAUAGGAAGUUUUGUUCCACCGCCUCCUAGACCACCGUUUCUUCCUGAAGAACGGAUUGCUACCGAUGGACUUACCACCUGCGAUUUGUGUACCUGGGCAUUGAGAAAUGACAGGCAUUCCUCUUUUUCUCUCGAUGGUACUCUCGAAGCCCCUGGAGAGUUUGGAUGGGUUCUUACGCUGAUAAUAGUGUCCCUGAUAUCCGCGGCCAUCGGAGCUGUCAUCAUGGUAACGCUUCUUCACUGUCGAAGAAUGAAGAGCGCUGGCGGCCGAGCAAGCUGUUGCGGAGUCGGUGUAGAAGACGCGAAUCCCCAGGAACCAGUUAGUCCCGGAGCCGUCGGUGUUGCCGGAGGUGUUUCUGUUAUCCCCGAACGCCCGCCACUGGAGCUCGAUAAAUUACCGCCUUAUCACGACGUUACACCAACUCCCGGUCACAAUGUUUGGUCAUGGUUGGGAUCAAGACGUGGAGGAGGCGCAGCAGGGGUGGUUGCAACCCCCCUGAGUCUGCCUCCACAUCGUUGCGCGAUGAAUCUCCCCGUAGAGAACCAUUACACCCACAUGCAAACAGACGAGGCGCUGUACGCAGAACUGGACUCACAAACGGCAAGUUAUGCGAGUGAUCUACAGUUACAAUUGAGAGGCAGCUCGACUUACGGCGGUCGUGCAACAACUCCCGGUGACGAAGAGGAAGACGAGUAUCACGAGCUUGACGCCGCGCGAUUGCAUCGCAGAUACAGCGGAGACAGUCAAAACGGGACACUUAAAGAAAGGCGACACAAUCAGAGGUUACAAGAGCCGGACUACGAGAUGUACGAGAAUGGCCCGUCAACGCCAUUAUCACUAAAUCGUCACCCGAAUCACCAGCAUCACCUACAGCACCACCAUCACCACCACCAUCACCUCCAGGGCCUGAGAACAACGAGCACUGCCAGCGAAGUAAACCCGUCUUACCAGAAUACCGGGUACACGGGCAGCGACGCGGACCUCGACGGACCUUUUCUCUCAAGCGCGCCCAGCAGCGCGUAUUACAGUGACCUGAGUUCAAACUCUGCAAACAAUCAGCAGCAACAGCAAUCAUCAGGAGUCACGCUGCCCGCGAGUAUAACAGCCCAGACGCAAACGGCGACGAGCAACUUAACGUGUCACCAGGCAACCGCGACGACGGAGCCUCAGUACCGGUUAGCUGCCAUUACCGAGACAACGACACCGUCCGACUACAUUUGAUUUCCUUGACAAAGAAAUUACAGAACUAGUUAGAUACAUUACAUUAAUUACUUUUAACUACGGAGACAGCCAACUCACGCGAGAUUUAAAUCUUAAUGUUUUGUUAAGACGAAACCAACAAGGCUGUGGGAGACAACACUUGUUUGACAAGUUAAGUCUCGAAAAAUUAUAUACUUAUUGCUGCUAAUAAAAAUAAUACUAGUCCUCCAGAGACUUGUAUAUAUAUAAUAUUUAAAAAUAUUUAAGUAAGAAAGUAAGAAAAGCCAAAGAGCUUUGUAAUAACAACACCUCGUACUCGUUAUAUGUAUAUCGGUUUAAGUUUUCAAAGGUUAUUUAAAAUUGCUACGCACCGAUAAUCACUCAUUGUAACCUAAUAGACACGUAAUAUCCAUCGCCUCUGGUAAUAAUACACCCGAAUGGCCGGAGCGACAUUAUGUACCAACGUCGUGGAUGAUAAUUUAACUUUUGUUGAGCAAAGGAGCAAAAAAAGGAUAAUAAUGCCGCUAUACUUUUGUAAUCUCGGAUCUAAUCGGCUGUAAAUCUGGUCUCCUCCCAUUCACCCACAUCUACUGCUGUAGCAUCAUCACCGGCACACCACAAACACCAUCGCCAUCACCUGACCUUGUUCAAUUCUCCGUCGUUACUCGAGGGUCAAUAUAUAUAAAUAUAUAUCGGAUUUAGACUUUCGACUAACUUGCACUUCAAUUGGCUCGCCGACGAAUUAAGAGUAAUCACAAGUUCACUGUCUCGCUUUUUAGGAGAACAACAAUAAGAAGAAAAGAGAAAAAUAAAAAUAAGAGAAGAGAAGAGGAGAGAAGAAAAGAAAAGAAAAGAAGUAAAGAUAAAACAGCAGAAGCCAAAGGCUCCGGCAACUCACGAAUUUAACAGUACGAAUGCACUCUCGAUUAAGUUAUUUCGUGGAACAGGUGUUUCGUAAUUCGACGUUUGUGCCCGUGAGGAACACCGCCUCGUCUUUCUUCAUCUCAUUUAGUUUCCCUCGGUCUCUCCCAUCAAAUCUCCUUUUUGUUCCGCCGCAAAAUCUUAACCGUCUACUCCACUCUUCUCUCUCACUGUUUACUUGCAUUACCCGCGCACGCAACAAUACAACACGAAUUCACGCGGAACUGGUUAUCUCUUUUUGUAUUAUUUAACUUAUAAUAUACAACAAUAAUAAAUCUACUCAAAAGAUUUUUAAAUUCAUCAUCAAUUACAAUACCAUGUUAUUACUGCGUUGUAAAUGUCAGGGACAUAAAAAUAAUAAUAACAACAACAGCAACAAAAGAAGAAAAGAAGAAAAAUGUCUUAAAAAAGAGUAAACGAAAAUAAAAUAACAUAAUUACUCUUUUCUUCGUGGCGCUGAAAGAAUUUUAAAAAUCUUGUGAUCCCGGUAACUCCCUCCGGACAUCAUUAAUGCUUCUUUAAAGUGCAUCGUGGCUAGCAACUCUUAGAUGCACCAUGCACCACAUUACAUAGUUAGUCCUCGUACGCCGUUGUUAAUAUAUGUGUAAAUACUUACACACAUGCUCAGUAACAUCAACUACAAUAACAACUACCUGCUUAUACGCAGUUUUAAUUUAUUAGUUACUUGAAUAAGUAGUCCCAGUACAUGGAGUAUAUACUUCUGGUGUAUGUAAUACUUUAGCGUAACUCUUUUAGCGCACGUAGUCGUUGUGUGUUGCUCUGUACGUGUGGUAAAAAUAAUAAUAAUGAUAAUAAUAAUAAAACAAGUGGUGUGCGAAUGCCGAUAUGGUGAACACCACAUAGUAUUAAGUGUAUAAAGUUAAACGAGUAUGAGAAUAAGAAUGAGAAUGAGAAUGAGAAUGAGGAUAAGAGAAAGGGAAAGGGAAAGGGAAGUUACGGGAUUGCUAAGCGCAACAGAUGCAACAAUGCUCGGUACCUUGCAGCCACGCAGUAAUUAAUUGCGCCCUUGCAGUCACAAUACACCGAGCACCGAGCUCACAAGGAAGUUACGAUGCGAGAAAACGAAUAAAAAUAAGAAAAAGGUGGAAGGUGGAAGGUACAAGAGGGCGGUGGCUCUUCUCGUACUGCAUUAUUUAAACCGUUAAAAAAUCCCACGAGUCUCAUCCUCGGGUCCUGAAGCUGUUGCUGCUGCUGCUGCUGCUGCUGCUGCUGCUUAUAUCUCAGCAGACUCUUAUGCAAUUUUUAUUUAUUCUUAGUUAAACUUCGACGCGUUAAGUACCGUCGCUUAUCGAUCGGCGAGGUAUUCCGUGACACGGCAGCUUAUCGGAUUUUCAGAUGUCUAAUUAGAGAUAUAUCGGGUAUGUGAGAAUCAACAAGACUUUGGCUGUUCCCAGAGAUAAGUAUUUUUUUAGUUAAUUAUUUUAAACAAAUAUAUGGAUGAAUAAAAGCUAAACGAUUAUAAAAAUCGAUUUCUUUUAAAAAGAAAAUUUAAAAUAUUACAAUUACAGUAACGGUAAUAAUUAUAGUUAUGAUAAAUGUAUCAGUAUGUGUACAUUAUAAGUAGCGAGUUGAUUGUAAUAGUUGUAAAGUGUGAUAAAAGUUAUGUUUUAAUGUAACUUGUAUGUAUUACAUCUGUAUAUGUUGUCUAAAUUAUUUAUGUAUGAGUGUAAUGUAAAUGUAAAUACAUAUGUAUAUGUAUGUAGUAUAUAUGUACAUGUGUAUGCUCUGUGUGUAAUUUCUAGUUUAUUAUAAUGAAUGGUAUUUAAGUGUGGUAAAUAUAUAAAUAUGUGUUAUGUGUAAUAUUUAAAUGCGAGGAUGCUGAGUGAAAAUUUUAAAAACCGCAGAUAGAGUCUGGGAUUUUAAUAAAAAAGGGAAAGGCAUAAAAUGGUCGGGGAACUGGAGGUGGUGCACAUGGGAGAGACUCGCAGACUUGUCCAGGUUCCGUUGGUGUCCGCCCUUAGUCUGCGUUAACUUAGACGGGGUAUAUAAAUUAUACAUGUAAAUAUACGGGCGGCCCGGACCCGGAGAUCGAAUGCUGAGAUAUCGAUAUAUGUGCAAGCGACCCCCUCGUACCCUUAUUUCCUCUUAGUAUUUUUUUAUUUAUUUAUUAUUAUUUUUUUUUGUCGGUUAUUUUUUAUUCCCGGGACUCACGCACCCACUGCCAUACCGAUUUUUAGAGCCGAUAUAUUUUAUUAUUCCGUGUGCGGCAAUAAUCUUUUACACCGUCCGUCCUCUCAAUAUUCCUUCUUAUCUCCGGGUGGAUUAUAAAUUUAAAAUGACCAUUUGCCUAUUCUAUUGUAUUGUAUGAUUAUAUAUAAAUUUAUGUGGUUUUAUGUACAAAAUAAAUAAAUAAAUACUUGUAAAUAUAUACAUAUACAAUAUAUAUACACUUUUUUUUAUUGUUAAGAUAAUAGUUUCGCAAUUAAAUUUAUAAAGAACAGUGUGUGAGAAUAAACAAAUAUUUUUAUUUUUUUUUUUUUUAUAAUAUUUUAAUUUAUAAAUUAAUAAAACUUAAAAUAGUCAUUGAUAAAUAAGGGAUUCGAGCACACGAGGUUUGCCGACAAGUUUAUCAUUUAUUUUACAAAAAGUCAAAGCCUCAAUGUUUUUUUUUCCUCAUAUUUCUUACGGAAAUUUAUUUAAAUUUUCAAACUUAAUGACUGAGACGAAAAAAAAAAUUAAAUAUCAAAAUGUCAAACAAUUCAAAUAAAUGAUAAUAUUUAAGAGGCAAAUAAAUGUAAUUUAUGUUAUAGAAAAUAUAAUAUGCAUUUAAAUUAAAACAUUGUGAGGAAAAACUGUACAUAAAAUAAAAUAUAUAAUUUCUCACCUUAAUCAAUUUUUUUUUCUUAAAUUAAAUCAAACCUCCAUGGCUUCAAUAACAAUUAAUUUAAUAAUAAUAAUAAUAAUAAUAAUAAUAAUAAUAAUAAUAAUAUUAAUGAUAAUUAUUAUAAUUGAGUAACUGAUUG